AUGGUCUUGUGGUUGAGUUUCUCCUCAUCAGCGCUCCUCCCACCUCUUGCCAACAUCCAACACUACAUUCAGCUUUUCAAGGGAUUGGUUGUCUACCAGUUGGCUGCUUCCAAGCUGCUGUCCAUGAUGAAGACAACGGCUGAGCUUCCUCUACGCAUCCUCACGCACAAUAUUCGAUAUGCCACGAAAUCACCCUUCAAGGGCGAGCUACGUUGGGACGACCGCAAGCAGUCCCUCUUGAACGAACUACGAUUCAAUACGCGCCACCAAGAUGCAUUCAUCUGUCUCCAGGAGGUCCUCCAUAACCAGCUUGUCGAUGUUCUGUCUGGACUGAACCAGCAGUCUCCGCCUUCAUCCAAUCCGACGCCUACGGGUCAACAGUGGACGUAUAUUGGGGUUGGGAGGGAUGAUGGCCACGAGGCGGGAGAGUACUCGGCUAUCCUUUAUAAACCUUCUGUCUGGCAGCUGAAGCACUGGGAUAGCGUCUGGUUGUCGGAAACACCAGAUAAGCCAUCCAAGGGCUGGGAUGCAGCGUCGAUUCGGAUUUUGACCAUCGGUGUCUUCACCCAUCACGAAACUCGCCAUACCGUUCUUGCUAUGAACACUCACCUAGACGAUCAAGGUUCUCGAUCCCGCUAUGAGGCUGCCAAGAUCAUUCUUCAAAAGAUGGACGAGUACCGAGGCGGUGAAUUCAGUGACUCGAUCGCGGGUGUCUUUCUAACCGGGGAUUUUAACAGUCAAGAGACACAAGAGGCUUAUGGUGUUUUGACGGGGGCUGAAUCUUCUCUAGCCGACACGGCUAAGGUCCUGGAACCUGCUCUGCACUACGGGGACCACUUUACAUGGACAGGUUUCGGAUAUGAAGGACAAGAUCCUACUCGCAUAGACUAUAUUCUGCUAGGUCCCGGGAAGCAAAAGGAAGAGGAGCAGUCUUGGAGGGUGGACGGAUAUGCAGUUCUGGCGAACCGUUUUGAUUCGGGUGUGUUCCUGUCCGAUCACAGGGCCGUUGUGGUGGAUGUGACCUUGUACGACUGA